AUGUCUCCCGAUCUUGAGUCAACUUUUGCCGAGUUGGGAUUGUCCCAGUAUCUUGGUGCAUUCGUUGAGCAAGGUUUCGAUGAGUGGGAUAUCAUUCUUGACAUCCAGGAGUCAGAUCUCCUUCUUCAGAGAUGCAUUGGGUGUCAAAUUAGGCCACCGGAGGUGUGCAACCUGAGCCCAGUCGGACGGAACUACCGCCCGAGGGACAAGGUGUUGCCAAACGAAAGUAUCGACGUCAUCCUAAGACCUCCGUCCGCAUAUGUAUUGUUUUCCAACAAAAUGAGAGAAGACCUAAAAAGCCAAAAUCUCACGUUCACAGAAAUUGCAAAACUCGUUGGAGAGAAUUGGCAAAAUCUGAAUGCAAGCGAAAAGGAGGCAUAUGAAAGCCAAGCAAAUGCCGAUAAAGAGAAGUACCACCGUGACUUGAUGGAGUACAAGAAAACGCCCGACUAUCGGAAGUAUAUGCAAUAUCUCCACGAGUUCAAGGAAAAGCAGGCCAAACGGACUCAAGCCGAUGUCUCUAAGAGGACAAAACUGGAUCCUGUUCGACUACGACACAGCAGCAGCAGCAGCAGCACCAUGACACCGGGAGGCAACACUUCGAGCGGCAGUGGUAGCGAAAGGUUGCAGGGUAGUGAGCCACCGCCUUGUCGGCGGGAAAGGUUGAAUUCGAUUGCAUCGAUAGCUGAAUCACAGCUUUCAUCGACUACGCCAACGCUUUUGUCCCAGGCCAACUCGAACGACGAGACCGUGUCAUCGCCCCAGGACACCCACUUCGAUGCUGGAAGCCCACGGGAACCUCAUUACCAAGCUCCCAAACGCCAGCAGUCCUGGCGAGAAGGAGGUCGCGGGGUAGAAGUUUCACAUCAACAUCUGCCGUCGUUGUCCAACAUGCUCGAGGAUGGAAGGAAAGGGAUGCCUAUCUCAUCCGGGUCGGAAGGAAAUCCUUAUUCGAGUGGUUUCGUUGCCGCAAACCAUCCUAGAUCGGUGCCCGAAGUUCCCAACGUGCUUCCAUCGGCGCCGCCUAAGCCCCCUCUCCUCCGACACGAACCGUCUUCCAGCAGCAGUAUUGGUUCAGUAAGUCCAGCAGCGGGCUUUGCACGGACUCCCGGUGAAGGACCACUCCCAAUCCACGCUCUCCUUUCCCACCAUCAGACGCUGCCGACACCAGUUGUUGCUGCCAACGCGGCCAUGUUCGAACGAGGUUCUCCUGUUUCCGGGUUGGGUACUGGCUCUCAACCAUUGCCACCCACUGGCCCCCCAGCCAGGAAUGACGAAUAUAUGGUGGACAGCGAUGUGCCAAUGACGCCGGCACCUGAUUUGAUCACCCCAAUCGACAAUCGCCCCUUCAAGACUCGCCUCGAUGGCAUGAGCGUCCUGCUAAGAGCUGGUGAACUUGUCGAAAAACACGAACGAGACGAACGAAGAUGA